AUGCUUUUCUGGCACAGCCAACCUGAUCAUUACUGGCCCAGCCCGGGAGAACUGUAUCCUUGCUCUGGCAGCAGUCUGAUAAGGGAGCCCCUGGCAUUGCCAUUCCUGAAACAGGAGGAGCCAAACAGCAUUUCAACCUCUGCUGAACAGCACUGUCCAUCGUUCCAGUAUGCGUUGUGUGCUGUUACCUCUCCAGCAGUCAAACAGCAUGAGGAGACCCUUACCUAUCUUAACCAAGGGCAGUCAUAUGAAAUCCGGAUGCUGUGCAAUCCCAAGAUGGGAGAGUUUGCCGAGGGGCGCAAGCUACUGAAGAGUGUGGUCAGGGUGGUGUUUCAUGACCGAAGGCUGCAGUAUACAGAACACCAACAACUGGAAGGAUGGAGGUGGAGCCGGCCAGGUGACCGCAUCCUGGAUAUUGAUAUCCCCAUGUCUGUAGGCAUCCUUGAGCCUCACAUCCACCCUACUUUGCUUAAUACUGUGGAAUUCCUGUGGGACCCCACUAAGCGAACGUCUGUUUUUGUUCAGGUCCAUUGCAUCAGCACGGAAUUCACGCUACGUAAGAAUGGAGGGGAGAAAGGUGUUCCCUUCCGCAUCCAGGUGGACACCUUCAGGUCCAACGAGAAGGAUGAACAUGUGGAGCACUUGCACUCAGCCAGCUGCCUCAUCAAAGUCUUCAAGCCAAAAGGAGCAGAUCGGAAACAAAAGACAGACAGGGAAAAGAUUGAAAAGCAGUCCCUUCAGGAACGCGAGAAGUAUCAGCCUUCGUACGAAAGCACAAUGCUGACAGAGUGCGCCCCGUGGCCCGAAGCUUCCAGCAGCCUCCACAGCCCUCCAGCCACUCCCAGCCUUGUUUCUCCACACUCCUUCAAGCUUCAAACUCCCGAAAGGGUCUGCGCCUCACCGAGCUACGCCUUGGACAGCUCCUCAGAGAACAUGGCAGAGGCUCUGAACCCAAGUGCCUCCAUCUUGGAAACUCAACAGUGGUUACACAAAAACAGAUUUUCCAAUUAUUCCCGGGUUUUUGCCAGCUAUACAGGAAGUGAUUUGCUCAAGCUUUCACGCACCGAUCUUGUACAGAUUUGUGGAACGGCGGAUGGGAUCCGACUUUCAAAUGCUUUGAAAGCCAGGUGUGUGCGCCCUCGGCUCAUCCUUUAUGUCUCAAGGGAGCUGGAAACAAACGGGAACAAUGGUCCACACAAUCCAACAUCUACAAUAUAUCAGGAGUUGUAUCUGGAAGAACUGACCGCCACUGAACUUACCAAUAAGCUAGCAGAACUGCUCAGUCUCCCAGCCAAUCAGAUCCAGCAGGUUUCCAGACAGGGACCUACAGGAAUCCACAUCCUUGUCAGUGACCAGAUGGUCAGAAAUUUUCCAGAUGAAUCAUGCUUUGUAGCAGCUGUAACAAAAGUGCAGAACACGGAAGGCUAUCGCUUAGUUCUAAAAUAA